CAUGGAGAUCGGUCCCCAGUGAAGGCAUAUCCCCGAGAUCCCUAUCAGGAAAGUGCCUGGCCCCAAGGAUUUGGACAACUCUCUCAGAUGGCAAUAAAACCCGUUUGGCUGUUAAACUGUUACUGUUGACAUAUGUAGGAAGGGAUGCGGCAACAAUGGGACUUGGGCCAAGCACUCCGAAAACGCUAUGUUGAAUUUCUGAAUGCUUCAUACAACAGACAAGAGAUCUUCAUACGCAGCACGGAUUUUGAUCGGACCCUGAUGAGCGCUGAGGCUAAUCUGGCAGGACUGUACCCUCCAGAGGGCCAGCAGGUCUUCCGUCCCAAUGUUUCUUGGCAGCCCAUCCCUGUCCACACAGUUCCUGAUUCUUUGGAACGGCUCCUGAAGUUUCCUUUAUCUCAUUGUCCUCGCUACGAACAACUGCAAAAUGAGACCCGACAGACAGCAGAAUAUGUGAAUAAGACUGUUGAAAACAUGCAAUUCUUGGAAAUGGUAGCAAAUAUGACAGGAAUCCAGGAUGUUACUCUAGAAAGUGUCUGGAGUAUAUAUGACACACUUUUCUGUGAGAAAGCACACAAAAUGCCUUUACCAGAUUGGGUUACUACUGAGGUGAUGACGCAGCUGCAGCAACUGAAGGAUUUCAGCUUUAAAUUCCUUUUUGGGAUUCACAGACAGGUGGAAAAAAGUCGUCUGCAAGGGGGGGUCCUUCUGUCUCAAAUCAGAAAAAACCUGACUCUAGCUAUAAAUGCCUCUUCACCCUCCCACUUGAAAAUGCUUAUGUACUCAGCACAUGACACCACUCUUGUGGCACUACAGAUGGCACUGGAUGUUUACAAUGGAAAACAAGCACCAUAUGCUUCAUGUCAUAUAUUUGAGUUAUUCCAGGAAGAUGACAGAAAUUUCUCUGUGGAGAUGUUCUUUAGGAAUGAGAGUGGAAAAGAGCCUUACCCCCUGCAGCUGCCUGGGUGUGAGCAGCGCUGCCCCCUUCUCAAAUUCUUGCAACUCACAGAGCCUGUUAUUCCACAGAACUGGAAACAGGAAUGCCAGAUAGCAAAUUCCAUGAAAGACAUAGAAUUUAUCGUGGGUUUGGCUAUCUGUGGCUGCAUCCUCUUCCUGCUUAUUGUCCUGCUCCUGAUAGUAAUAUUCCGUGCAAAGUCACAGCCUCCGGGCUAUCGGCACAUUUCCGAUGAAGGAGAGGAACAGCCUUGACAAUUGCUCCAGCCCCUUCUGAUGGGGCAGCCAUAGGGAACAGCAUUUGCCCCAGGAACAAAAGGGGUGUCUUUCAGUGACUAAGUGUCUUUUUUGGUUUGCCUUGAUUGCUUUUAAGCCCAAAGGCCCAAGACUAACUGGUGCAGCUUCUGCAUCAUGCAGUUUAUUUGGAGUGAAAUUUUAGUCGGAUUUGGGGUUGCUGUUUGUCAGUCUGUGACAAGUUCUAUCAAGGACACAAUCUUACUUCCUUUGAACCCAAUGUGCUGUUUAUAGUCUCCACUACUGGUCCAGAAAAGGCGAAUUUUCCAACUAAAGCAUGCUGCUUCUUAGAAAGCCUUGUACAGUAUAGCAGUUAUUAUUUGUACAUCUCCUAGUUGUGAGAAAGGGACCGAAUGCUAAACCAGCAAUAACUGGCUUCUCCGGCCGAGCCAGUAACGGGGAAUCAAACCACUACCUCCCUUUGUAGAACACAGUCUGGCUGCAAUCCUAAACAUUUUUAGAGUAAAUCCCAAUGGACCCAAGGGAUUCCCUUUUAAAUAAACAUGCACUGUUUAGUGCUGUUAAGUAAUUUUCUCUAACCCAUUAGAAUGUUCUAAGGGGAAAAGUUGGAACUGGACCAAAUCAGCCAUUCCUGUGAUGGGUGCCACUUGAGCUGAGAUUCCAAUACAAGUGCAAUACAAUAGAAAGGCAGCUCCUUUCACCCACUACAUAAUCUGACUUCCUAAUCAUCACUGCAUUAAUUGACGGCUAACACUUGCCACAGGCACUACAAGAUCUUAUUGAGGGUGAAGGCUCUGCAUCUUCACCAAAUAUCCUCCACGUGUUUAUUUCUUCCCAAGACCCUGUACAUGGACUUAUCAAUAGACUUCAGCUGGCAGAACAGAUCUGCGAAAAAAGUUGGCCAACUUAGCUUGGGAACUAUCCUCGCCCGUAUUUUCUUUGCUGAUCACCUAAACUGCAUGACAUAACUCCUGCAGGUCAGGAGACAAGCCUGGAGUCAAAGGAAGCCCAGAAGAGUAUCUGCUACAAAUGGGUCAGCUACCAAUACAUUGAUAUCCCGCAACCAAGGUAAUAAAUCAAGAGAGAAAGCAAUCUGAUUUGGUACAUAUGGGAGAAAUAGGUCUACAGUGUAACUGAACUGCUGAUUGAUCUUUCUAUAACUGGUAACUUUCCUAGCAGUUUUGCAUUAAAAAUCAAGAUGGAACCAGA